UCUGGCAGUUUCUGAAGUGCUGCUGUAGGAGUCUAUCAUUUAAUUUUGGCAGUUGUUUAACAGGAGGCACAAAAAUGAAGCUCUACUCAGGAAAUAAAAGCAAAUAAGGAAGCCUGGAGAACAGAAACAUUCAAAAGAGCCUUCGUCUUUGCAAUGCAUGCAUCUGGCAGUCGUGGCGUGUGGGGAUCGGCUGGAAGAGACUCUCAUCAUGCUGAAAUCAGCAGUUCUCUUCAGCAACAGAAGACUCUGUCUUCACAUUUUUGCUGAGGAUUCCCUUAAGCCUGAAUUUGAGGAGAAGCUACAGGAAUGGCCUUCCUCGUAUACAAAGAAGUUUGAGUACAACAUUUACCCAAUAACCUUCUCAGUGGGAAAUGCUCAGGAAUGGAAAAAGUUAUUCAAACCAUGUGCUGCCCAGCGCCUUUUUCUUCCGGUUAUUUUAAAGGAGGUGGACUCUCUUCUUUAUGUGGACACUGAUGUUCUCUUCCUGAGGCCCAUCGAUGACAUCUGGCACAUCCUGAAGGAGUUCAACUCCACCCAGCUGGCUGCUAUGGCCCCGGAGCAUGAGAUACCAAAGAUUGGCUGGUACAGCCGAUUUGCUCGUCACCCUUAUUACGGGGCCACUGGCGUCAAUUCUGGAGUCAUGCUGAUGAAUUUAACCCGCAUACGCAAUGCUCAGUUCAAGAACAGCAUGAUACCAUCUGGUUUGACUUGGGAGGAAAUGCUGUAUCCAUUAUACCAAAAGUACAAAAAUUACAUCACAUGGGGAGACCAGGAUUUACUAAAUAUUAUUUUUUACUUUAACCCAGAGUGUCUCUAUGUAUUUCCCUGUCAAUGGAACUACCGGCCUGAUCACUGUAUGUAUGGGAGUAACUGCAAAGGUGCAGAGGAAGAAGGUGUCUCCAUUCUGCAUGGCAAUAGAGGUGUCUACCAUGAUGAGAAGCAGCCUACCUUCAAGGCACUCUAUGAAGUGAUACGUGAUUUUCCGUUUGAAGACAAUCUCUUCCAGUCUUUGUACUACCCUCUUCAGUCUAAGUUUCUGGAUACAGUGCACACUUUAUGUGGGAGAAUUCCACAAGUCUUUUUGAAGCAAAUUGAGAAAACUAUGAAGAAGGUGUAUGAAAAUCGUGUCAUUGUCUACUUGGGAGCCAACCACAGAUACUAAAGCUAUAUUUUUAUGUAGAAUUCAGCAUUCUUUCACUCGCCUCUCAUGAGGCAUAUAAAUGAAGAGCAUAUGACCUCUUUUACUUCCCUAAUAAUUUCUGAAAUUACAAAACGGGAGAGAUGCUGAAAGUUCACAUACUUUCAAUUUUAGACUUUGUUCACUUCCUACAUUUCUCUCAGUUGAAGGAGAGCUGAUGACUCUCACUUUUCUUUGAUGAACGUAGUUUGGUUACUUGUCUAAACACAGCUGUAUCCACUCUAAGUUUCUGAGUUUGUAACAGCUUGAUGCGUUUUGAAGAAGUGAUAGUUUGAGUUAUUUAAUAGUAGGCAAUAAAACUCUCAGUGAUUCUUGGGUGCCAUGAGAACGCUGACAUAAAAAAAUCACUUUUAUGAAAGAAUGAGUUAAAACUUAUUAUGCUAAAAGGAAAAUAUUUACUUAAAAUUGCACGUCUCUUGAAAGAUAUAGUACCUGCUGUUUUCCACGGGUAACAUUUCAGAUUUCUCACUUAAAAAGACUGGGGGAUAGAAGUGUCUAUUUACUCUGCAUUUAACAGCACUUUUUGCCUAGUGAUUGUAAUUUUUUCUCCCAGACAUUCAGUUCUGUGAGGGCAUCUUCUAAAGGAAUUAGGAGCAAAAAACCAUUAAAGCAUAAACCAGAAAACAGUCUGCAAGAACCAGGGAAGGGGACCUACAAAGUUAAUUUACUGCAGAAAGGGAAUCCUCUCUUGCAUGGAAUACAGCUAUGAUGUUCAUCCCCACCCUCCUACUACUUCCUUAAGAACAUGUUCCCUAACUUGCUGAUAGUCAUUAGACAUAGUGUGAGAAUACGGUGAGUGAAUAUAAAAGCAGGUGUUAGUGACCUGUUUUACUCUUUAAUUAAUCCUCUUUAAUUGCUAUUUACUGCACAGUAAUAAUUGUAUGCCACUGAGAACUUUCCUUCUGUCCCUUUGUUGGGUGCCUGGGAGUGCUGUCUGUGACCACCUCUUCUGUUUUGCCAAAUCCCCCUUGUUCUGUGACAUAAAAAAUGCUUCUCUUUGUGCCCUUUCAUUCCCCAAAGCAGAGUUUUAUGCCAGAAUUAUAAUGAAUAGCCUCAGAGCAAAAAGAUGCAAGAUGGCUUUGGCAUUUAUUUAAAAUAGUUUAGGUUUCAAAAGCCUGAUGAUCAUCUUAUGCACAUGCUUACAUCUGCUUAUUAAAACUUGCAAUAGAUAAAAGAUGCUAAGGAGAGGUUGUUGGGAAAUUGGGAGUAAUUGAUAUGCCUAAGGAGCACUGAUACAACAGAAGACUUGCAGAAGAUGUUUUGCUAAGUGUAAACCCUGAGGGACAUAUGUAGCUGAGAAAAUAACCUUACUUUCAAGUUGGCUCAGAAAAAGAGACAUUACUUGGAACUACUCUUUUUUAUAUCUAGAAAGAAAAGUAGGAGUAAGAGGGAUGAGGAAGACAAGAUACAUGAAGCUUUUUUGCAAUGAAAGGAAAAUGGCUAUGGAUUAUGUAUCCUAUACAGGUAACAUGUUGUUAGAGAUAAAUAUUCAAUAUGCAUGAACGAUGAAAAGUGCAAGAAUUGAAAAAGAAUUACAGAAAACCUCCAGUUGUUGGGAUAGCUCUUAUUAGUCAUGACAUAUGCACAAAUUUCAUAAGAAAAUGAUCUCCAGCAACACAGUUGAAGGGGCGCAGCUGGAAAUGAGGGGCACGGGGGCUUGGUCCUAGUGAUUUCACUGUAGUCAGCGGGCAGGUUUGUGUGUCUAUGGGCUGCAAAGCCUGAUCAGCGAUUUGUGCCUGUUCGUGGCUCAUUAUGGUCCUUGCCCUGUAAGCUCAAGUCAAUGUACAGAGGACAGGAGCAGCUCUGCAGUGAUUUCGAUUGAUAGACUGGAAAAACCUCCUAAUAGGAGCCAGGAACCAGAAACACAUUUAAACUUCAGUGUAGAUGUCAGUGGCUCUCACAGCUUUGAUGGAAGUUCUAAUGGUCACUGAAAAGAACAGUACAUUUCUAGCUACAGCAGAAAGUGAAAAUAUAACCCAAAUGAACCUGAAAGACUUCAAAGCAAGAAGGCAAUAAAAUGAAAAAAAUUAGCAUGCUGUUUUAAGAAGUGCAAGGUAAUGUAAACCUGAUAUAUGACAGGUAAAACUUUUAGGCUAGCAAUACCAGGAACCUGUAAAAAUAUGAGGUUUCUUUUUGUUCUGUGUGUGUAUGGUUUUUGUUUGUUUUUAUAUAUAUAUAUAUAUCUCAAGAUAAAGCUGAUGACAGGUCAAGUGAGGACAGAUGACACAUGCUGGGCACGUCAAUUGCCUCAUCUCUUUGGUAUCUGCAGGCCACAGAAAGUUGCAGGGAUCAAGUCUUGUUACGCAGAUGUUGUGACUCUGCUGCUGAGUCCCUGAAGUUGAGUGGGCUGCAAUUGCAGACUGAUUCAGUAGGAUCCUGAACUAGGGGCAUGUUAUAAUGAAGGA